AUCUCAGAACAGAACCUUCAGUAUCAUGAAUGAUUCUGGAGAAAUUACAUUGUUGAACGUUAAUCCUCAUAGUGGCUUUUCGAUUUCUUUGAAAAAUCAAUAAAAAUUGAAAUGGCUACAACUUUCGAAAUAUUCUGCACAGUUGUUGCAGUUACCUUGGCAUUGUAUUACUAUCUAACAUCAACUUUCAAUUUUUGGAAAGAACGAGGUGUAGCCGGUCCAAGGCCAUAUCCAAUUGUAGGAAAUAUCGCAAGAACGAUAUUAGGAAAAAUAUCUAUGGGAGAUUAUUUGAAAGAACUUUAUGACAAACCUGAGUUUAAAAACGAACCAUUGAUUGGCAUAUUUACAAGGAGAACUCCUAUCCUGAUCGUAAAAGAUCCUGAAAUGAUUAAAGACGUUCUCAUAAAAGAUUUUUCGAAGAUUUCGGAUCGUGGAAUUACAGUAUUCGAAAAGGUAGAACCAUUAUCGCAACAUCUUUUUAGUUUGGAACCAAAAAGAUGGCGACCAUUAAGAGUGAAACUUUCUCCAAUUUUCACUUCGGGUAAAUUAAAGGAGAUGUUUAAUUUAAUAUUAGAAUGCGGCAAUCAUUUUGAAAAUUAUAUAGAAAAACUUGUGGCAAAAGACGAACCGAUCGAGUGUCGUGAAUUAACAGCAAAAUUUACUACGGAUGUUAUCGGUAGUUGUGCGUUCGGAUUAGAAAUGAAUUCGAUCGGCGAUGAAGACAGUGAAUUUCGUAAAAUGGGACGAUCGAUCUUCGAAGUUAAUUUUCUAAAUGUAUUAAGAAAUAAACUUAGAAAUGCGGUACCAAAUGCUUACAAAUUUAUCGGCUAUAUUCUUCGACGAGAUAAAGUUACGAAAUUCUUCCAAGAAUUGGUAGUAAAUACUAUAAAUUAUAGGAAAGAACACGGUAUCGUGAGAAACGAUUUCAUUAAUCUUCUUAUGAAAUUGAAAGACGAUCCAGAAAUAUUAAAGGGAAUUGAAUUUACGGAUGAUCUUCUCGCUGCACAAGUCUUUAAAAAUAAAAAAAAUUCAGAUCUCAUUUAG